AUGACAGAAUAUACGUGUAGUCAAGCCAGUCAGGCAUCUUCUAUAAGUACCAUUCCAUAUGAAAUUUUCGAGCCAGAUUUUGCAAAUGAACUUGAACAAGUUGAUCAACUCUUUUUCGGAAAUGUACUAAAUUCGGACAGUGAAGGUAGUAUUAGUGAUGAAGAUUUGGACGAGUCUGAUGAUUUAAAUGAAAACUCUGCACCUGUUCAUAUUGAUCAGUCUGAUUGUUUACCAACUGAUAAUGAAGAAGUUGUAAAACAGAAUAACUUUAAAGCGCAAGGCUGCGGUUGUGUACGCCUGUAUGGCAAACCUUGUAGUUGUGUUGUUGAGUGGUCAGAACUGAUAAAGUACCGCCAGUCUUGCUUAGAAAAAUCCAGAGAUGAACUUGACAUGAUUAUAAAGGUUCAGUUGUAUCACAAUAGGAAUACUGGAGUAAACACAGAAAGGUCCAAAAUUAGAGAGAAAAACAGACAAAAUUAUUAUUUUCAUGGCCAAAAGAUAUGUCGAGAAACUUUUGCUUUUGCACACGGUGUCGUCCAUAAGACUGUCGAUCGAAUAGCAAGGUCAAUUGACACAGACGGCUUGAGUGCACGUGUUCAUGGUAAUGUUGGCAAGUCCCCUAAACAUGCGCUCACUCUAGCUGACACACAGAACAUAAAGCAGUUUCUUGUUUCCUAUGGAGCACAAAAUGGCUUACCACUACCAGGGAGAAUGUCUAAUUUUAGAAAUGAAAAAUAUAUACUACUCCCAUCAGACAGAAACGAGGCAGAUAUUCAUGCACUUUACAGUGCUGCGGCAGAGGAAAAUGCAUUCAGGAAUGUCUGCCUGUCAGAAUUUAAAAAAAUCUGGCUGGAACAAUGUCCCUAUUUGCUCAUUAUGAAACCAUCAACUGAUCUCUGUCUUAAGUGCCAGAAGUAUGUACAAAGUAUCAGAAAUAGUGGAAAUCUUACAGAGGAACAAAAGUUAGAAAAACUGCAUGUUUAUCAAGAUCACAUAGAUAAAGUAAAAUGCCAGAGAGAUCAUUACAGACUUCAAGUUGAAAGUACAAAGCAGCAAUAUGCAGAUCUGUCUGCUGAAGAAAAAAACAGAGGUAGAUGUUGUACAAUUUUUUUUAUCUGUCAUAGAUGUGUAUAGUUGCACAACCAUUAUGCACAUAUAUGACAGCUAAAAAAAAAAUAUAUAGUACAGUAAAACAAGAAAAAAAGUGAUGUUUUAAAGUGUCACAGUCAAUUUUUGUUGUAAUACCAACUAAUAUAGACCUCUUAAAAUGCUUAUAUUUAGCAGUGAAGUGUAAGGAGGAUAAAGAAUGCAUGCAUUUUAUUUUUCAUUUUCACUAUUGGUGGACAAAUUAAAAAAUACAUAUUUCUUUUUUUUUCAUUUAUAAUUGUGCAAGUACUCAAUAAAAACUGUUUGU